CAAAACAACCCCAUUUCCAGCAGAUUACUACUGUACCCAAGCUUUGAACUUUGCCCUUAGUUUCAGUUUCUUCAUAAACCCCACAUCUUCUACUCUGUUGCCUCUUUCUUUCUUUCUUUCUUUUUCAUCUCUUGCUCUUUUUUUAUUUUUGGUUUAAUGAAUUCCAUUUGCCGGAGGUAAAAGAGAGUAAAAAUAUUACAGGAGAAAAAACAUGAGACCAUACGUUUGUUUCUUGCUUCUGUUUCUUGCCCAUAGAGGUUCUUUUGUGAUUUGCAGUUCUUUCCCUACUAAUGAAGUUUGGGCUCUUACAACAUUUAAGGAGGCUAUAUAUGAAGACCCACAUUUGGUUUUUUCAAACUGGAAUGCUCUAGAUGCUGAUCCAUGUAACUGGUUUGGGAUUACAUGUGAUCGGGAGAGACAACAUGUUACUAAGAUAAACAUAUCCGGUUCAUCUUUGAAGGGAUUUCUUGCACCUGAGAUGGGUCAAAUGACAUACUUGCAAGAACUAACUUUACAUGACAACAAUCUGAUUGGAACAAUUCCUAAAGAACUUGGCUUUUUGAAGUCUCUUGAAGUGUUGGAUUUGGGGAUGAAUCAACUGACUGGUCCUAUUCCUCCAGACCUAGGGAAUUUGUCCAGUGUGACUAAGAUAAACCUUCAGUCAAAUCGGUUGACAGGCAGCUUGCCUGCUGAGCUUGGGAAUUUAAAAAAUCUUCAGGAACUCCGCCUUGAUCGAAAUAAACUUCAAGGAACUGUUCCUGCUGCUAGCAAUGCAACAUUUACCUCUAAGAUGCACGGAAUGUAUGCCUCUCGUUCAAACUUAACUGGACUUUGUCGCUCAUCUCAAUUAAAAGUGGUAGAUGUCUCCUAUAAUUAUUUGGUUGGAAGCAUACCUAAGUGUUUGACAGACUUUCCAAGUGCAAGCUUUCAAGAGAACUGUCUUCAGGACAAAAAUGUUAAACAGCGUCCGAACACACAAUGCGGUGCUCUCUCAUCUAAAAGUCACCAAGCACCAAAAAGUAAGCAUCAGCCUGAUGAAGACGUUUCAAAGCAUCCGAAAGCAUCAAAACCUGCCUGGAUCUUAGGUCUUGAAAUAGUGACGGGAAUCAUGGUGGGAUCCAUCUUUCUUGUUGCCCUCCUUACUGCUCUCCAUAAGUGCAAUAGCAAGACUGCAAUAAUAAUCCCUUGGAAGAAACCAGGGAGUGAGAAAGAACAUUUGGCAGUGUACAUAGAUUCUGAGUUGUUGAAAGAUGUGACUAAAUAUAGCAGACAAGAGCUUGAAGUAGCUUGUGAAGACUUCAGCAACAUUAUCGGUUCCUCUCCUGACAGUUUGGUCUAUAAAGGCAUCAUCAGGGGUGGACCUGAAAUUGCUGUGAUAGCCCUCUGCAUCAAAGAGGAACAGUGGACAGGCUAUCUUGAGCUAUAUUUCCAGAGAGAGGUGGCAGAUUUGGCAAGAUUGAAUCACGAUAAUGUAGGGAAACUACUAGGAUACUGUAGUGAGAUCACUCCAUUUACAAGGAUGCUUGUUUUCGAAUAUACAUCGAAUGGGACGCUUCAUGAGCAUUUGCAUUAUGGAGAAGGAUCCCAACUAUCUUGGACAAGGAGAAUGAGAAUAAUUCUCGGCAUUAUUCGAGGACUCAAGUAUCUUCAUACAGAACUUGAGCCACCAUUCACUAUAUCAGAGUUAAACUCUAGUGCUGUGUAUCUUACAGAUGAUUUUUCCCCCAAGUUGGUUGAUUUUGAAAGUUGGAAGACUAUUCUUGCUAGAUUGGAAAAGAACUCUGGUUCCAUAGGCAACAAUGGAGCCAUUUGUCUACUUCCUAGUUCUGUGGAGAACCGUCAUCUGGAUAUCCAGGGAAAUAUUCAUGGUUUUGGCAUACUUCUACUGGAGAUAAUCAGUGGGAGGCCUCCAUUCUGCAAGGACAGAGGAUGCUUGAUAGAUUGGGCCAAGGAAUAUCUUGAAUCACCAGAUGCAAUGUCUAAUAUUGUGGACCCUGAGCUGAAACAUUUCACAUAUGAUGACCUCAAGCUCAUCUGUGAAGUCAUAAGCCUUUGCAUUCAUCCAGACAUUUCAAAACGCCCUUCCAUGCAGGAAAUAAGCCUCAUUCUCGAGAGCAGAAUCGACACGUCAGUAUCAGUUGAGCUCAAGUCCUCUUCUUUGGCAUGGGCUGAACAUGCUCUUUCAUCAUGAUUUAGUAGAAUCCUAUAACCACACUGUUAGAUCAAACACAUCAUACAGUUUUACCCUUCACUCUUUAAUCUUUGCACAAAGCUGUGUGCCAGAAGAAACAUUUGGCAUGGUCUAACUACUGAAAAGGUCCCGCUUUCGUCGUAUACCAUUGGAUGUUUUCAGAAAAUUUUUCUUCUGAAAAUCACAAUAUAGCUGAUUUAGUUCUUUGUGUAAUCAGUCUCACUGUAU